ACCACUGAUGGCUCAAUGGAACGAAAUGUGUGUAUACAUACAUAACCUGUAGUUAGUUACUGUCGAAUAGCAACGAAUCGGUAUAUUUACAAGAAAUUGUACAAUAUAUUGUACUAAAAGGGGCAUACUCUAAGACAUUUUUAUUAGUAACGAUGCCAAAAUAUUACUGUGACUACUGUGAUACGUAUUUAACGCACGAUUCACCGAGUGUACGAAAAACGCACUGCCAGGGUCGUAAACACAAGGACAAUGUUAAAUAUUUUUAUCAAAAAUGGAUGGAAGAGCAAGCACAACAUCUAAUUGAUGCAACAACGGCAGCAUUCAAAGCGGGGAAGAUUGCGUCUAAUCCGUUUGCGGCAAACAAGGGAGCAGCAAUUCCACCACCUCCAAAUCUUGGUCCUCGACCUGGAGUUCCACCUCAAGGUCCACCAGGUAUGAUGCCACCACCAGGUAUGCAUCCUGGUGGUCCAAUGGGCCCAGGAGGUCCAAUGAUGAUGGGACCACAUGGACCAAUGCCACCAAUGAUGGGCAUGAGGCCACCUAUGAUGGGUCCUAUGGGACCAAUGGGACCAAUGAUGGGUCCAAUGGGACCUAUGGGACCAAUGAGACCUCCGAUGAAUGGACCACCACCACCUAUGGGAGGACCUCCGCCGAUGAAAAAAUAAUGUUGGAAAUAUAUGUAUUAUUCUAAUUAUUUCAAUUAUAUUAAUACAUAUUUCAAUAAUAAGUAUUUCAUUAAUUUUGUAUAUUUAAGCACAAGCCUAAUGAUAUGUAUAUAUGAAUAUAAAUACAAAUUUUCCCCCAUGAUUCAAAAUAUUCUUAGAAUAUUGGUUUUAAGUUAGAAAAAUAAGAAUCCCAAAUUUACAGAAGACUAAGUGUGAUGCUAAUUUUAUUUAGAUAAAUGAUCUAGUAUUGUAAUAUAAAUAUAUAUAGGGUAAGAAAUAAAAACUAAAUGUAUAA